AUUGUCUACAUAUGAACAGCUCCUCACAGCACAUUCCCAAAUCCCAAUUCCCAAGUCUCGCCAAUAAAAAUGUUAUAUUCCAACCUCUCUAACUCUCUCUCUCUCAUCCCCUGCUAUUCUUCUUCAUCACUCUUCUGUUCUCUUUUCUCCCCUAUAAUAAUAUUUCCAACACAACAACACUCAGCAGACAAGUAGCCAGAACAAGAAAAUCCUUUGACACAUUGAUCACUUCCUUUAAGGAAACAAACAUGGAAGGGGGUCACAUGGGGUGGUUCCUCUUCUGUUGUUGUUUUUCUCUACUUUUUUUUCAUUCUUCUGGGUCACCCAGAAGAAACUUGCCCAUCAUAGCCUUUGAGGAUGGCUACACCCCCUUGUUUGGGGACCAUAAUUUGGCCAUCCAUAGAGAUGGCAAAUCAGUUCACCUUUCACUUGAUGAAAGAACAGGUUCUGGAUUUGUGUCUCAUGACCUUUACCUUCACGGGUAUUUCAGUGCCUCGAUCAAGCUGCCUGCUGAUUACACUGCUGGAGUUGUGGUUGCAUUUUAUAUGUCAAAUGGUGAAAUGUUCCAGAACAACCAUGAUGAGAUAGACUUUGAGUUUUUGGGGAACAUUAGAGGCAAAGACUGGAGGAUUCAGACAAAUGUUUAUGGCAAUGGAAGCACCAGCAUUGGUAGAGAGGAAAGAUAUGGCUUAUGGUUUGAUCCUGCUGAGGAUUUCCAUCAGUACAGUAUUCUUUGGACAGAUUCUAAGAUCAUAUUUUAUGUGGAUAAUGUUCCUAUUAGGGAAGUUAAAAGAACAGAAUCUAUGGGAGGAGAUUUCCCCUCAAAGCCAAUGACCAUGUAUGCUACCAUAUGGGAUGCAUCUGAUUGGGCAACCAAUGGAGGCAAAUACAGGGUAAAUUACAAGUAUGCACCCUAUGUUGCUGAGUUCUCUGACCUGAUCCUGCAUGGUUGUGCAGUUGAUCCCAUAGAGCAUGUGGCCAAGUGUGAAAGUGCCCAAGGUUCUGAGAAAGUUCCCUCUGGUGUCACCCCAGUACAAAUAACCAAAAUGAGAAACUUCAGGUUGAAGCACAUGGCUUACUCUUACUGCUAUGACACAGUUAGAUACAAAGUCCCUCCACCAGAGUGUGUCAUCAACCACCAAGAAGCUGAAAGGCUUAGAAAAUUUGAUCCCGUCACUUUCGGCAACGGCCAGCGCCACCGUGGGAAACGACACCACCAUAGUAGUAAAGGAAGCCAGGAAGAGAUUACUGCUUCUUCAUUUUAAUGUAUGGCUCCAUAUGCAGAUUUUGUCAUAAAGAAAAUAUUUUCAUAUAUGAAUCAGUUUGAUUUACCUGGGUUAACAAACAAUAUGUCUUUUGAUCAAUGAUGUUUUCAUUCACUGAAAAAUGGGUCAUUUUUUUUGUUUUAGUCCCUAACUUUUAAACCAUAAGUUCUGGUCUCCUUCACUUGUGGUUUUAGAAGUUAGGGACUUAAACCAAAUAAGACCCAUUUUAGGCACUAAAAACAUCAUUAACUUUAUAUCUUUUUUCAUUUAUCCUUUCAUUUUGGUGUAUAGAGGGGUUUGGACAUAGAAGUCCUUAAUAUGUUUAGUUUAUGAUAUGGUUCUUGCUGGUGGGUUUUUUUUAUAGUCUUUCAUCCCUUUAGGUUCCCGGGUAUUUCCUCAUUGAUUUCUUAUGCUAUUGUACAAAUUGAACCUCUUGAUUGAUGAUUUUUGUAUGUAGACACACCCCAGGGUUUCAAUAAACUAUAGUAUUUAUUUUAUUAUGAGGAGGAA